GAGAUGAGCCACAGACAAAAGAGGUCAUGUUUUGUAUUGAUUUGUUCAGAUUUGUGGAGUAUUGAUUUUAGUGACUCGAGUUUUCGAGUUGAUAUGGAGUACAGAAGUGAAUUAUAAUUAGUAGGUUCGAAGAAUUACUUCGUAAAAAUGGUAAGCCGACCUAAGCCAGGAGAAACCGAAGAUGACUUAUUAAAAAUGCAGGAGGAGUUUCUAAUUGAAAAAAAUCAAAACUCAGAUUACCAGCCGGCUGCACAAGUAGUUAAUUUACGACGCACAGAACAUCAAACUACAUUGACUGAUAUUAAAGAAACACCUUCCCGAAAACCUUCGAAAUAUGCAAUUUCCAAAGGACUUUCUGGUGAUAAUGCAAAACGGGCACGUAUUGAAGCGAACACUAGUACUUAUAUGGGCGAAAUCGUCGAAAAAAAUUACGAAUCUGAAGAUGUUGAAAUUACAGAAAUCGAUGAUGAUAAAGUAUAUUUCCCUAAAGUAUUACCAUCAGCAUUAGGCGAAAUUAAGGAAAAGAACAUUGAUAGACAUAUUGAUGAGAAUAAUGACAUUCAAAUUCCAUCUGAAGGCUUUCCAGUGGUCAUAAUUUGCGACCCAAAUAUUACAGCAGGAAACAAAAGUAUCCAUGCUCAGCAAUUAGAAAAAUUGCAUGCUGAAAAACAAAUUAAAAUGGACACAGACGAACCUCAUUCUCCUCAUAAUCCUCAUUCAAUAAACCAACAAAUGCAUACCAACAUCAUAAAUUAUCCAAGUAAAAGUUCCAUUUUGUCAUCAACGGAUGCAGAUGCAAUUCAUAAGGAAAAUAAUGAAAUGUUAGAAAAAAUGGCAGAAAAAGACAUUUUAGAGGAACAGAAAAAAUUACUGUCAAGUUUGGAUCCCAAACUUAUAGAAUUUAUUAAAAAUAAACAUCGACGAACCACAACGAAAACAGAAGAGCAAAGUGUUGGAAGUUCAAAAUUGAUGGAUCGAAAUGAGUCAAUAAGUACAGAAGAAGUUAAGACCACAGAUAAAGAAGAAAAAGAAGUACUUGAUGAAUAUAUACAAGAAAAUGAUGUAUUGUCAAAUCCUAAUGUGAACAAAUGGGUACAUUUUGACCAACUUGAGAAAGACAAACUAGAAUGGAUGAAGUCAAUUGAGGAUAGCGAGAAAAUGAAACCAGAUAAGCCAUACGAAGCCAGAUUUGAUUUUAAUGGAUAUCUGUUACCAUAUACAAUGAGUUACACAGAAGAGACAAAACCUCUAUUCCACCACGGUGCAGAACCACAUAGGCCCGGUUAUUCUAUUGUGGAACUUUUAGAGCUAUCUCGAUCUUCCUUUACACAGCAAAGAGUUAUGGCUCUUAAUACUAUUGCAGGCAUUUUAGAAUUUUACACUGCUGGUACCUACAAAUACAAAUUAGAGAUUCCGAUUACAAAACUCUUUUUUGUGAUAAGAAUAGCUAUGGAUGAAAAUAAAACUAUAAUUUUAGAACCUGCAUUAAAAGCAAUGAGAAAUGUAUGUUACAAUCAAAUAGAUGAAGCAGCUCUUGAUACUUUGAUUGGCUAUGAAGAUGGUACUUACCAACCAUGUCUUGAAAAUGACAAAUCAGAAAUUGAAGAACUUGAAUCUAAUGAAUCUGAGUUUAAAGAUUUCCAACUUGCAGAAAUAGAUUUGAUUACAGCCCUCUUAAGAACUGAUAUACUCCAGAGACUUUACUACAUAUUGGACAUAAUAAAACCAAGUUUCAACUGCGUCAAGUACAGUUUACAGAUUUUAAUCAGACUAUGUAGAGAUUCUGAAAGCACCGUGAACAAAAUUAUUGAAGAGGACCAUCUGAUGUCAGUAAUUAUUAACAACUUCAUUCCAACAACAAGCAUCAACUUUAGAUUUGAUUCAAACAUUGCGUAUAAAGGAAAACCUAUUUUACCAGCAUUGAAAUUUUUGCGCAUUCUAUCUCUUCGAAGUAAAGAAAUUGGACACAAAUUGAUUACAAAAUAUGGGAUAAUACAACCAUUAUCUGAAUAUAUUUGUUCAAAAGUUGAAAGUACAUAUGGAUUAAUGAUUCAAGUUGAAUCUUUGAAUGUACUAGCUAAUCUACUUCAUUUUGGACUUGGUGUUGAAAAUUGUCUUGCCAUUUGUCCCAUUGUAGUUACAAUGCUAUACAAUCAUGUGGAAUUUACUGAUAUUCAUGUUGAUACAUUAGUGAUAUCAGCAACUCAUGCAGCUGUUGUUUUGCAGUUUAUAAAUAAACUGGUCCAAUGCAAUCUUGUUUUGGAUACUUACAAGCAUGAAAUGUAUCCACUGUUAAAACAAGGGGUGCAAAAAUGGCUCUCUCAAGUAGCAACCUAUGAAAGCUUUUCUUGUUGCCAUUUGACACUUGCUUGUUCUAUUCUGGACUGUUGUACGACUGUGUUGCAGUAUGAGAGAGUACCUCUACCAUUUCUUCAAAUUACUUUGAAGACUCUUGUCACAUCACCCGGUUUUAAGGAAAUAAUGAACCAUUUGAUGAAAAGCUCUAAUUUACUAUCUGGUAUUGAAAAUCAUUGUUUUCAUAACAUCAAGAACCUUGUCAGUCUUAACAGUAUUGUGAUUGGUUUAAAACAAAAUAAUUUACCCAUUAUAAAUAUGACAUCACCAAUACCAUUUCUUGCAUCUCUGUUUAGAGUAUUAUCAAUCAUUAAUGUAAAAAAGAUCUCCCAUGGUUACAUCAAACAUGUUCUGGAUUAUCUAAGAAAAUUUGCAAAUAAAACUCCCAGUUUAUGUGACAAUUGGUUUUCAAGAAUGGAAAUUGACUUUAUAUUUUAUACUGUAAAGAUUGCAAGCCAAAAUGAUAUCAUGGACUCUGAAAAAGAUUUAUUAUAUACAGUUGCUAAUAAACUGUGUUAUGUGCUUCGUGCAGAUAAAAGAACUGAAUUGGAGUUUCUUUUCAAUGAGAUAAUAUUUAACAAAAAAUGGUAUAUUUCGGCAAGGCAAGGGAUGAGUCUCUUAUCUCUAUCAGAAAAUGAGGGCUUUACAAAAGUCUUCACAAAUGCAGAAGAUAUAAAGUCUUGUUAUGGUAAAGUUAUUAAUCUGAAUUACACAGAUGAGAAAACUGUUUUGUUAAGAAAGUGGAAGGAACCCAUACUACCCAGAGAUUGGAUUUAUUUGCCAAUUUUGACUCUAUAUAGCAAAAGUCAAGAAUUAAAGUCAACUCCUAGAGUUGUUGGUGAUCAUGCUAAUAAAGAAGCAGAAAUGGAAGCUAAGGAGAAAGAACUGAUUGUAAGCAGUAGUUUAGAAUGGAUUCUUUUUAAUGAAAUAUGCUUUCCUGAUCUUUUAAAAGAGAUUGAUGUAACUGAUAGGUUUUGUCGCAUUAUGAGUGUCUUCCUAUGUGAUAACUCAUUGUUUCUGGAACCUUCUGUCAAGAUACUUUUGCGUAAAUGUACUGAAGUUCUAUUCAAGAGCCGAGAUAAAAUUGACUUUGAUAAGGACCUAAUCGGUUUGAAUAACUUCCAAGACUUUUAUAUGCAAUUUCUUGAACAAUUUCAAGGAGUGAGCUAUGGGGAUCCAUGUUUUGCUGCAUGUGUGUUGGUGCCAGUAGCUCAGAAGCAUAAUGUGCAAUGGCGAAAAAUGCUAUGGUCAGAAUAUGCUGGAUGCCUCAGAGCAUUGGAUUGUCCUGAAAAUUAUUUAUGCUAUGGAUUAAAUGAUUAUUUAUAUCCAGAGGAAAAUGAUGAGUCUCUUUUGAAAUGUUAUUUCAGAGCUCUGAACAGUAAUUUACUGAGGAAAGGGACAAUUGCUUACAAAAUAGCUGAGCAUCAUGUAAACAACUUUAAGUUAAGAAAAACAUCCAAUGUUUAAGAAUAAUAAAUGUAAUCAUUUUGAUAAGAGCGUUGGUGGUUCAGGGGUAAGCACUUCACUUAUAAUCUGUAGUUUCUGUGUUCUAACCCCGCUAUGUAUUGUGUAAUGUGACUCACCAGACGCUCUUUCCGCGAAUGAAAACAUUGUGAUGCAAUCUUCAAUUGUCGACGAAGAAUUUCAAAGAUUUGUGCGAAAUCGACUAACCCCGCAGUGGGCCCGUUUUUUAUACUAUUGUCUAGUCAACCUUAAUAUAGAGUAGGCUCCGACCCCUUAGAGGGGCGUAUAUUGAGCUGGUGAUUUUUUUAUAAACGUAAUAAAUCAUGCUUUGUAGUGGUCA